AGUAUCAUCGCUUUCCCCUAGGGUUGGAUCAGGAGCUAGAGAUCAAGCGAGGGGACGGAAAGCGGGGUCGAUUGAGCAGCGAAGAGUUCAUCUCUCUUUUCAAGGAGAUCUCCACCCGGCCGGAGAUCUACUUCCUUCUCGUGAGGAUGCAACGAGUGACGAAGGACAAAUGUUUGGAGAUUAUCAACAAGUUUGAGCCGUCCACAGAAGGCCGUCGGAAAGGACAGCUUGGCAUCGACAAUCUCGUGUGCUUGGACCACACACACACGCACACAUGCUCAGAAGUGCUGGGAGAUCAACUCUUUCAGUGGUCACAGGCUCUCAAGCUGGCCAUGUCAUUCCCGGAAGAGUUUGUCAACCACAACAAGAAGUUCCUGUCUCGUAUCUACCCCAAUGGCAUGAGGAUUGACUCCAGUAACUACAACCCUCAAGAUCUCUGGAACUGCGGUUGUCACAUGGUGGCCUUGAACUUCCAGACAGCGGGUCUGAUGAUGGACCUCUACCACGGAUGGUUCCAGAAGAACGGUGGCUGUGGGUACACCCUCAAACCUGCCAUCAUGAGAGAGGAGAUUGCUUACUUCAGCGCCAACACAAGAGAUGUCAUUCCUGGCAUCUCGCCGCAGAUACUUCAUGUUAAAAUAAUCAGUGGCCAGAACUUUCCUAAACCUAAGGGCUCAGCUGCUAAAGGUGAUGUGACUGACCCUUAUGUGACCAUUGAGGUUUUUGGCAUCCCUUCAGAUUGUGCAGAGGAAAGAACAAAGACUGUUCCUCACAAUGGCUACAACCCGAUCUUUGAUGAGAGUUUUGAGUUCCAGAUAAACCUGCCUGAGCUGGCUCUGGUCAGGUUUGCAAUUCUGGAUGAUGACUACAUUGGGGACGAGUUCAUUGGACAGUACACAAUUCCCUUUGAGUGUAUGCAAACAGGUUAUCGGCACAUUCAGUUGUUGUCCAACACAGGCAGUGUAAUGGAAAACUGUACGCUAUUCAUUCAUGUGGCCAUCACCAACAAGCGCGGAGGAGGGGUGAACAAACGAGGCCUGUCUGUGAAGAAAACUCGGCGCUCUCGAGACUACACCAGCAUGAAGUCUGUUGGGGUCAAGAGCAUUGAUGAAACUUUUAAGAUGGCCAUCCAACCUCUGCGGGAGGGAACUGACCUGCGGGACAAUGUCCAGCUGUCCCUGGCCACCUUCAAGGACUCAUGUUGUUUAGCCCCUAUCGCCAACCUCAAGCAGUGCAUCCGGCUCUUGUCCUCCAGAAUCGCAAACUCGGGAGAGUCUGUCUCACUCUCUUACUCCAUGAGAGGGGAUUAUCCAUAUAUUGAGGCUCAAGGUACCCUUCCAGAAAUUUUCAAGAAGUCUUUAAGCUCAUUCGAAGAGCUCAUCAAUGAAUGCAGAAGCAUGAUUCAAAAUGCUGACACUGUCUAUGAAAAGUUACUUCACUGUCAGCGUGCAGGCUUGGAAUGGCAUGAGGAGUUGGAGAACUUCUGUCAGCAGGCAGGACUCAAGGGACGCAAGCUGGUUAAGGCAGCAGAGAACUUUGCCUGGAAUAUCCGAGUUCUGAAGGGCCAAGCAGACCUGCUGGUUCAGGCCAAGAAAGACUGCCAGGAAUACAUCAGACAGAUCAAAGAAGCUGCUGUGUCCACUGGUCUGGCAAAGGGGGAAGUUGCAGGUCAGACAGAUGUCCCCAGCUCACCGACGUCUGAUGAAGAUCCUCCAGCUCUCUUAUUAGAAGAGUCAUGA